AUGAAGCUGACCAUCCCACUCGCCGCCGUUGCGGUGGCACUCACCAGCGUUUCUGCUGCACCCGUCACGACCGAUCUGUCGACCACCGCGGGGUUCGCCGGUUCGCUCUUUGGCGGUCUCACCUCUUCCUUUGCCGACCUGUUCUCCGCCCGAUUGGUGCAGACCUCGCCGGCAGAGGAGCCGUACUGGACGACCGAGCUGGGCAAGCAGCUGCUGUGGUACCGCGGCGUGCACUUUAUGGACCUCACCGACACGCCCGAUCUCGGUCAGCUCAACGCCGCUCGGGCCCAGGCUGCGGGAUCCACUUUCAAGGACAGCUCCAAAUUCCCCUCCUCCGUCGAGCACGGCAAGCACCUCAAGAGCGUCUUCAAGGACAUCUCCGAAGACGGCCCUCGCAUGCACCUCGAAAAGUUUACCUCGUUCCACACGCGCUACUACAAAUCCGAGACCGGCCGUCAGUCGCAAGCGUGGCUCUUCAAGACCGUGUCCGAUCUCGUGAAGGACGUCGCCUACAUCAAGGUGGAAGAAUUCCCGCAUCCGUGGGGUCAGAACUCCAUUCUGCUCAAGAUCAAGGGUUCCAACGCCACGCUGACGGCGAGCAAGGGGGUGACCAUCCUAGGUGCGCACCAGGACUCGACGAAUCUGUUCCCCUUUUUCGCCGCCCCCGGUGCCGACGAUGACGGAAGUGGGACUGUGACGAUCAUCGAAGCGCUUCGCGUGCUGCUCAAGUCGAAUUGGCGACCGGAGAGCGAUGUGGAGCUGCACUGGUACUCCGCCGAGGAGGGCGGUCUGCUCGGCUCCGAAGCGGUUGCCCAGGCCUACGAGCGACGCGCGACCAAAAUCCACGCAAUGCUCCAACAGGACAUGACAGCAUUCGUCAAAGCCGGCACCACCGAAACUGUCGGCCUUGUCUCCGAUUUCGUCUCUACCCCACUCACCAAAUUCAUCGGCCUCCUGGUGGAUUCCUACCUCGACAUUGGUUAUACCGAAACCAAGCUCGGUUAUGCAGGCUCCGACCACGCUAGCUGGACCAAGAUCGGCGCGGAUAGCGCCUUCGCCAUCGAGGCGACGUUCGAAAACUCGAAUUUGAAGAGGAUCCAUACGACCCAGGAUACGUUUGAUCAUCCCGAGUUUAGUUUUGCGCACCUGAUGCAGUUUGUUAGGCUUAGCGCGGCGUUUGUUGUCGAGCUGGCGGGGUGGAGCGAGGCGUAG